AUGCCCUCGCCGAGACGUCCCAAGACCAGCGUUGACUAUUUGGAUGGCCACAUCAGCAGCGACGAUGACUCGAGUCAUCGGAGAUCGACUCGGCCGCGUGGCUACAGCCCAAAGCUGCAGAGAGGCAUUUCUGAGACUUCCCUCAUGAGACAGGAAAGAAAGGCCGAGAACAUCGACAACAACGACAGCCAGUUUGAAUGGGACACGGACUACGACCCAAGGGACAAAUACUAUCUGUCGGGCGAAGACGAUCCUUUGGAUUCGCACGUACCCGAGAAGAAAGAGACGGCGAGGAACCAGGACCCCGACGAGAAUGAUCACGACGACAAACACAACCGACAACCGAAGCCCAAGACCACCAACAAGAUGCCCUGGGAGGAUUUUCCGUGGGAGGACGCCGCAAAAGUCGCAUUUCAGGCCGGGGGCGUCGCCCUGAUGAAGGUGGGGACGGAACAGAUGCCUUGGAGGACAAAGGGGACCAAGAUCGCGAGCGCUGCCCUCGGGGCUGCGGUCGUGGACCAUGUCCUCAAGCCCGACAAGCGGGGUGGUGUCAAGUACGCGGCAAUGCGACACCUCGCUGAAGUGGCUGUUGGUAAUAUGGUGGUUAGCCCGGCACUUGGGAAGAUGGGUGGAGGAGGAGGAAAGAAACGGUAA